UCGGCGGAGGCAGCAGCCGGGGCGGCCCCCCCCGCAAAAGGCCCCUCCCCCCGGGGCUCCCCGCAAGGCUCCGGCGGCGGCCGGGACCCUGCAGCCCCCUGCGGCCGGCCCCGGGGGAGAGGCAGAGCGGGGCGGGUCGAGGACCCCCCCGCCCCGUCCCUCUCCAUCAUUGCGGGGCGCAGGGCGCACGGCUCCGGGCGCAGCCUCCUGCGGGCGUCCCUCUCCAUGGAGGGGGGACCGGGGGCGCCCGGGGCCGACAGCCCGAACCGGGCCGUGGAGUACCUGCUGGAGCUCAACAACAUCAUCGAGAGCCAGCAGAAGCUGCUGGAGACCCAGCGGCGCCGGAUCGAGGAGCUGGAGGGGCAGCUGGAGCAGCUGACCCAGGAGAACCGGGACCUGCGCGAGGAGAACCGGGAGCAGCCCAGUCGGGAGAGAGAGGGGCCAUACCACCAGCACCCGGGCCGGGAGUACCAGGGCCGGUCGGAGCGGGACGGGCACUACCAGAACUGGGAAGGGCAGUACCAGAACCGCACGGAGCGGGACGGGCAGUACCAGAACCGGGAGGGCCAGUACCAGAAGCGUGGGGACGGGCUGUUCCAGAACCGGGACAAGGAGCGAGAGCCACAGCCUGGGAACCGCGAGGGGCCCUACCAGAACCGGGACGGCCACUACCGAGACCAAUGCCAGCUGCACCGGGACAGCGGCUCCAUCCGGGAGCGAAGUGGCCCCCACCAGAACCGAGACAAGGAGCGGGAGUACCCUCGCCCGCCGCGGGAGCGGGGCCUGCUGAGCCGGGGCGUGUCCCGGAGUUCCAGUCCCGGAGCCGGCGGGGGCCACAGCACCAGUGCCAGCACCAGCCCUGCCACUACCCUGCAGAGAAAGUCCGACGGAGACAACUCCCGAACCGUCAGCGUGGAGGGGGACCCACCAGUCAGCGAGGCUGGGGCGACGGUGGACAGCCCGGGCAGACAGGCACCGUACUGCUGCGGGACCGAGCUGCCCAAGGCUGGGGAGCCCUAUGACCUUGGACCCCUGACCUCCACCGUCUCUGCCUGCCACCCCCCGACCCCCGGGCUGCCCUGGGCUCAGCGGGCGCGGCUCCAGCCGGCAAGUGUGGCACUGCGCAAGCAGGAGGAGGAGGAGAACAAGCGAUCGAAGGCCCUGUCGGACAGCUAUGAGCUCUCCACCGACCUCCAGGACAAGAAGGUGGAGAUGCUGGAGCGGAAAUACGGGGGGUACUUCCUGAGCCGGCGGGCGGCCCGCACCAUCCAGACGGCCUUCCGCCAGUACCGCAUGAACAAGAACUUCCAGCGGCUCCGCAGCUCGGCCUCGGAGAGCCGCAUGUCCCGGCGCAUCGUCCUCUCCAACAUGCGCAUGCAGUUCUCCUUCGAGGAGUGCGACAAGGGGCCCGGCGCCGCCCCCUACUUCGAGGGCAAGCCGGCCUCUCUGGACGAGGGCACCAUGGCCAGCGCCCGCCCCCACCUGCUGGAGCGCGGGGAGCUGCCCUACGGGGGCUCUUGCCGGGCCGGCCUGGACAGCGGCUCGCUCCACGCCUCCUCCGGCGACUUCUGCAGCGAGAUCACUGAGCUGGAGGACUCCUUCGCCAAGCAGGUGAAGUCUCUGGCGGCGUCCAUCGACGAGGCCCUGAACUGCCACCCACUGCCGGCGCCGGAAGUGGGGGGCCCGGCCCCACUGGAGAAGAGCGAGUCGAAGGAGCAGCAGGGGGACAGCACGGCCACCUCCUUCAGUGACGUCACCCUGUACCUGGACGAGGGGGUGCCGGCCUCCCCGCUCUCCCUGGAGCGGCCCCCCAGCUCGGAGACCCCCGACGCCGGCCCCCCGCCGGCCCAGCCCCGGCCCGAGUUCUGGGGGGCCCCGCAGCGGGAGGAGAGCCGGGAGAAUGGGGCCGGCCGGCGUGGCACCCCCUGCCUGGAGUGCCGGGACUUCCGCCUGCGGGGGGCCCACCUGCCCCUCCUCACCAUCGAGCCCCCCAGCGACAGCUCGGUCGACCUGAGCGACCGCUCUGAGCGCAGCUCGGUCCACCGGGGCCUGGCCUAUGAGCCGGACGGCUGCGGGGGCCCCAAGAACCCGCCUGCUCCCCCGCCCCCGGCCCCCUCCCCUCACCCCCUACGCCACUACCGCCCCGAGCCAGCCCCACCCCCGCCCCCACCCCCGCCCCCUGGACGCCUGGGUCCCGAGCACUCGGACGGCGACAAUGACAGCCUGCCGAGCAGCAGCAACUCCAACGAGACCAUCAACUGCAGCUCGGGCUCCUCCUCCCGGGACAGCCUGCGGGGCCCCCCGCCCCCGCCCCCCCCGGCCCCCCCGCCCGCCGGCCCCGGCCUAGGCCUGUGCAAGCAGACAUACCAGCGGGAGACCCGCCACAGCUGGGACUCGCCUGCCUUCAACCACGACCUGCUGCAGCGGCGCCAGUACCGCAUCGGGCUCAACCUCUUCAACAAGAAGCCGGAGAAGGGGAUCCAGUACCUCAUCGAGAGAGGGUUCCUCUCAGACACGCCAGUCGGGGUCGCUCACUUCAUCCUGGAGCGCAAGGGCCUGAGCCGGCAGAUGAUUGGCGAGUUUCUCGGCAACCGGCAGAAGCAGUUCAACCGUGAUGUUCUCGACUGCGUGGUAGAUGAAAUGGAUUUUUCCAACAUGGACCUGGACGAUGCUCUGCGGAAGUUCCAGUCGCACAUCCGGGUGCAGGGGGAAGCACAGAAAGUCGAGCGACUCAUCGAAGCCUUCAGCCAGCGCUACUGCGUCUGCAACGCCCCCCUUGUACGCCAGUUCCGGAACCCGGACACCAUCUUCAUCCUGGCCUUCGCCAUCAUCCUCCUCAACACCGACAUGUACAGCCCCAGCGUCAAGCCUGAGAGGAAGAUGAAGCUCGACGACUUCAUCAAGAACCUCAGAGGGGUGGAUAACGGGCAGGACAUCCCCCGCGACCUCCUGGUGGGCAUCUACCAGCGCAUCCAGAGCCGCGAGCUGCGAACCAGCGACGACCAUGUCUCCCAGGUCCAGACCGUCGAGCGUAUGAUCGUGGGGAAGAAACCGGUGCUGUCCCUACCCCACCGUCGUCUGGUCUGCUGCUGCCAGCUCUAUGAGGUGCCCGACCCCAACCGGCCCCAGCGGCUCGGCCUGCACCAGAGGGAGGUGUUCCUCUUCAACGACCUGCUGGUGGUGACGAAGAUCUUCCAGAAGAAGAAGAUCAUGGUGACGUACAACUUCCGCCAGAGCUUCCCCCUGGUGGAAAUGCACCUGCAGCUGUUCCAGAACUCCUAUUACCAGUUCGGGAUCAAGCUCCUGUCGGCCGUGCCGGGCGGGGAGCGGAAAGUGCUGAUCGUCUUCAAUGCCCCCAGCCUGCAGGACCGGCUCCGCUUCACCAGCGACCUGCGGGAGUCCAUCGCCGAGGUGCAGGAGAUGGAGAAAUACCGCGUGGAGUCGGAGCUGGAGAAGCAGAAGGGGGUGAUGCGCCCCAACGUCUCCCCGGCCGGGGGCCCCAAGGAGGCGGUGAACGGGACACUGACCCGGAGCAGCCUGGAGGACACCUACGGCCUGGGCGACGGGCUGAAGCGAAGCGCCCUGAGCAGCUCCCUGCGCGACCUCUCCGACGCCGGCAAGCGGGGCCGCCGUAACAGCGUGGGAUCCUUGGACAGCACCAUCGAAGGGUCUAUCAUUAGCAGCCCCCGCCCCCACCAGCGCAUGCCCCCGCCCGCCCCGCUGGAGGACUACAAGGCCCAGGCCCGCCCCAUCUCCAACUCCUCCUCCUUCUUGGGCUCCCUCUUCGGCAGCAAGCGGGGCCGGGCCCCCUUCCCACUGCCCCCCGGCCAGGCCUCGGCCCCCUCCUCCCACCCCCCACACCCACUGUCCCCGCCCCCCGAGGGCCCCUCCAAGCUGCAGGCCCUCCAUGCCCAGUACUGCCACGUGGCCCCGCCCCCCUACCCCCAGCAGCCCCCGCCCCCCCAGCAGCCGGCCCCGCCCCCCCCGCUGCCCCCCGUGGCGGCCGCCCUGCCCCCCCGCUUCCACAUGUCCUCCCAGCCCCCGCUCUCGGCGCCUCCCCAGAAACAGACGCCCCCGGCCUUCCCCCUGGUGCACCAGCAUUACACCCUCCAGCGGCCCGGGCACCAGAGGCGGCUGCACCAGCUGCCCCCUUCUGCCGCCCCCUCCACCCACCCCCCCUUCCCCCUCCACGGCCGCCAGCCCACCUCACCUCUCCCCCUCUACAGCCCGGCCCCCCAGCCCUCCCACACCUACCCCCAGCACCUGCCCCAGGGGGGUGGGGGGCAGCACACCCUCCACCGCCAGCCCCCCAAACACUUUGUCUUCAGCCACCACCCCCAGCUGGGGCAGCGCGGGGGGAUUGUCCCGCCGCCGGCCCCCCACCACGGCCCCGCCCACCACCAUCACCACGGCCCCACCCCCCACUCGCCCAUUCCUCCCCAUCCCUCCUACCCGCCUCUGCCCCCUCCAUCGCCCCACACCCCACUCAGCCCUCACUCCCCUGGGGCCCCCACCUCCCCGCUCCCCCAGCAUGCCCCUCUGCACCCGGGAGGGGGACAGGGCAACCCCAACCCGAAAUCCAAGCCGGUCAAUAGAAUUAGCACCAUGGUCUGAGAGCCGUGCUGCAGGGGAGGGACGGGGGGCAGAAGAAACCCAGACAGAGGGGAGCCCCGAUCCCUGGCAGUCAUUCCCCCUGCCCUCCCCCAGCUUCCCAGGACCGGCGAGGGAGGAGAGACCAGAUCGCAGCAGAGAAUGGCCCCAGCUUGUGACAGCGAUGGACGGAAGAAUCCCGGAAGCUGCACCUCUGCACAGAUUUGUGCGGGGAAGGGACUGUGUCGGGGGUGGGGCCGGCCCUUUAAAUGAGGGGGAAGGCCGGGGCAGUGGAUGCCCUAUCCCUGCCCUGUUUCCCCCAACCCCGGGUGCCGAGAAUUCUGGGAAAUGCACCUCCCCCCAUUGCACUAACUUUCAUUGCACAGCCCCAGGUGGUCCACUGCGGGGAAAGAGGGCCCCCUUUUCAUUUGCACAUGGCUUGUGAGAUGCUGCUGCUUGGCCUGUUAUAUUUUUGGGGGGGAAUCCCUGGGGAGCCAGAUCUGGGGGGGCAUCCCCCCCAUUCUUCCCCGUGUCUGUAAUAAGGGCUACUCCCGGCAGGAACCGUUUUCCCUCCCCCGAACACCUAUUCUGUGAUUUGCACUGACAGAGAACCCCUCCCUCCCCCGCAAGGCCCCCCCAAACCUGCCCCACUGCCCGGUGCCGAAAGGGAUCCCAUGGGGGGAAACCCCAUGAAACUCCACUAGCCCCCUCCCCAUUUUCUGGGCCCCAGGGCUGUUUGUUUUGGGGGGGGCAGAGCCCUGUAUGGAAACAGUCCCUAUGCAGCGUUAUGUGUGGCUGUUCCCCGCCCCAGAAGUGGCUGCAUCUCUGCCCCCAGUGAAUCUUGUGCACUUUAUCCCCCACCUUGCAAAUACAAUCUGUCCCUCCCCUCACUUGAAUAUCCCCCUGUCCCUCUGUUUCUUAUGGGUGUCCCCUGAACACACACAGCUGUGGGAGGGGAGAGGGGGCUAGGAACCAGGACUCCUGGGUUCUCUCCCUGGCUCGGGGGGGGUAGGGAGGGAGAGUAGAGAGAAAUUGAGGCAGAACUCCAGAGUCCUCACUCCCAGGCCCUCCCCAGCUCUAAUCACCAGACCUGCCCCCCCACCCCCUUCCCAGAUGUGGGGCGAGAACCCAGAAAUCCUGAACUAAAGGAUUUCUGAAGCCCCGUAGCCAACGUUGUCCCCUUUUCCCCUCCACCUCAGGGCUGUGCACCCCAGUUUCUCUUGGGGUCGCCCAAUGUCUGGUCACCCCCCAGCAUGCACCUCACCCACCCCGGUACCCGCGUCGAAUUGGUUUGUUGUACAGACCCCACUGUAUAUAGUAUACAUUAUAAAUAGCGGGCCGCAGAGCGGGGCCCCCCCAUGUGCCCCACAGGCCGGGCACCCCCGGAGUUCCUGGCUCGACAUUGACGAGAUGACCGUAUUUCCCCCCCCAGUCCUCCUCCUUGUAUAUAAGAAACUGUAUAUUUGAUGCUUCAUAAACGACUGACUGUCCUUUCUGUGUUCA